AUGAAAUAUGUUGCUCAGCAUAACGGCCACAACUUGCUAUCGCUCUCCAUCAGCGAAGUGGCUGCCCAGAUUGAGUCGCGAAGUAUCCUCUACUCAGCACACGUCCAGUGGCUUGAAAAGAGUCGUAUCUUAGUCGUUGCGGGCACAGCAUUCGGCGAGAUCUUAGUGUGGUCCUGCAUUACUGAUGCUGAGCCGCAAAAGGCACAACUACAUCAUGUAUUUACAGGCCACGAAGGCUCCAUCUUCGGGGUUCGCCUCUCACCACCGAUGACCGUUCCGGGAUUUGUAGCCCCUCUUCGCGUACUCGCCAGCUGCAGCGAUGACCGAACUAUCCGAAUCUGGGAUGUCACAGACAUCGACGAUCUUGUCUCGUUGAGCGGGCGGCAGCCAGUUCGGGAUCCGCCACAACUUCGUGAGACGGGUUUCGGAGCAACGGUGCAGCCCGCCGAUGGAUCUUUGAACACGAAGCCCCUUGCGAUUGCCUGGGGUCACGCUUCGAGAAUAUGGGGUAUCCGCUUUCUGAGCCCUUCUACCGUCGUUCCCAGCGAUCAUGUGCUGAUGAAUGCGCUCUCAUACGGCGAGGACGCAACAUGCCAAACUUGGCGGUUCAGGUGCAUAAUCAACGAACAAUUCACGCGCGUAGGCAACGAUGACUAUGUAUUCACAUUGAAGCAUACCAGUACCCACACUUAUCACUCAGGAAAGAACAUCUGGUCGGUUGCGGCUCUCGAACACCCCGGUGGGUCUUAUACAGUUACAACCGGAGCAGCCGACGGUCAAAUCAUUACCUAUCCGGCCACUGCAGAGGGGCAAGACAUGUCUAGGGGCGAUUUUCUGCAUGUAGAGCAUUCUAUUGACGACAUAUCCCGGAUCCUGGACCAGCCUUUCUUCGACAGUACCUACACCCCCUCAUCAGUACUGGAUGCUGGACGGCCAUCCUAUGUGAUGGAGCACAGCACGUCUUUCCGGAGUUACGCUUCCUUAGGCAAGGGUUCACUUCUUGCUAUCACCAACACAGGCGUCGUGUUACUUGUAAAGUACGCAAAAGUUACGGACAGUGAGUCCAGCGUCAUGCAUUCGAAACCGCUGCAGUGGAAGAUGAUAAACCAACCCCUUGGCCUUCAAGGAUACUCUGUCGCUACCGCCGCGAAGGGCCAGGAUAGUGCGACCGCUUUCUUUGCUGGCUCGAAUGGCAUUGUGUAUUGUUACGAUCAACAGUGUGCGGAUAUCUCAGUCGUUGCAAGGGCUGAGGGUAAAAUCGCCGCGAUCUUUGCUGAGAUGUCCGAACCAAGGGGUUCUUCCAAGCCAGGGACACGUGAACAGAUCUUUAGCUUGUUAGUCACCUUGGUAGGAUCAUCAACAGCACAUCACUACACUGUAGCCAUGCUGCCAGGUGGAGAAGUGUCACUACGGCGCAGCAUCUCCAUAUCUCUACCCUCUGGCUUCACUGUCACAAGCUUCGUCAAUCCGACUUUUGUCGAUGGUGAGGAGCACAUAUUCCUGGGGGGUAGAAACGGCUCUGUGGCUAUCUUCAGUAUCAGUUCUCGGCUCGAUCCGGACGUAAAUGGUUUGACAUUGAGAGCAACCCACAUCCGAACCCUCGACCAGAUACAUGCAAAGGAGACGGUCACGGCCAUACUUUGGAUUCCGGAGACCUCCGCGGACCACACUAGUUUCGGCUGGCUCCUCACCGUGGGGCGUGAUGGCAGCUGCGCCAUAUCUAAUCUCUCGCGUGACGAAGCGGAACCUUCGUUGGUGCAUAAGCUUACUUUUCCGUUUGGACCAAAUAUCGAAGGAGUAUACCUUGACAGAACGAGCAACGAUCUCAUGGUGUACGGCUUCAGUGGCAAGCGUUUCGUACUCUAUAACGCAAGCUUGGAGCGAGAGAUCUGGACAGUGGAAUGCGGAGGGGCGCACCGGGUGUGGGCUUUCCAGCCCGUCCAUGAGCCCGAAGACCCCAGUAUACAGGGAGGCACCUUCGUCUGGACAAAGGCCGGCAAGAUGAACGUCUUCUCCAAGCAUACCCCUUCUCAUCAGGUCAUCCGACUAGGCGGACAUGGACGCGAGAUCAAGGCCCUAGCUGUCAGUCCGCCCAGAGGCGCAUGCGGCCGACUCAUCGCAACUGGAGCCGAAGAUACGGACAUCAGGCUAUUCCAAUAUGAGACCUCGUCACAGGACUUCCGCUGUCUUAGAGUCCUCCGAAAGCACGUCACAGGUAUCCAACAUCUGCAGUGGUCCCAUGACGGCAGUUUCCUGUUCAGCAGCGGCGGGUUUGAGGAAUUCUUCGUUUGGAGGAUCCGCACCGUGCCAGUACUUGGUGUUGGUGUCGUCUGCGAAGCUGUGUGCCCGCCAGAGAGUGAGCUGGCUGAUCUGCGGAUCACUCACUUUACGGCGCGGAGCAUACAUGCUUCUAACGACGAAGGCCGGGAAACCUAUGCUUUCGUUAUUGGCAUGGUGUACUCGGACUCAACGAUGCGAGUCUACCUGUACACUUCCUCCGCAACGUCGAAGAGAUGGGCGCUGCUCCUCAUGGGCAAUUACCUGACCUCCUGUCUGACACAGUCCACUUUCCUCACCCUGGGCAGCGAGAACACUCUGUUAACAGCAGGCACCGACGGCCACAUAGCCCUUUGGCCGCUGCCCUCCCGGCUGUUCAGAGAUCAAAUUUACAUGGAAACCACCGGAAGCUUUCCAUCGAAAGGGAGCCUUCCAGAUACCAUCAAGUGGCACACGCGUACCAAGAUACAUCAAAGCACGAUUAAGGCCCUGGCGCAGCACCAACUCUCCCCAGGCUCGGUCCUGGUUGUCACUGGCGGCGACGACAACGCGCUGGCAUUCACCCUGCUCUAUCGAAGCAGGAGCGUCGAAGAGCCCAAGAUGCAAACGUCUACGUUGCUCAUUCCACGCGCACAUGCCUCGGCUGUCACGGCGCUUGCUUUGAUCCCGGAAAAAGCGUCGUUACGUAUAGGUGGGACCGAGACUCGCUUCACGGUAGUGUCGUCGAGCAACGACCAGCGAAUUAAGGUCUGGGAAAUCGUUGUCAGCAAUGCGGUGAUGAGCGUCGACGGCAUUCAAAUCAAAAGGGUAGCCAAUGUUCCCACAGCAGUCGCCGACGUCUCGUCUCUCGAUAUCCUGGAGGAUGGUAACAAAGUGGACAGCAGUGCGGGAAGGCGCAUCAUUGUUUGCGGAGUGGGGAUGAAUAUAUGGCGGUUCUCGCCACAUGAGAUCAGGGGAAAAGUGCACCAGCUCAGGCCAUGUAGUUUAGAAAUAUUCUAG